GGUUAGACGAAAAAAUAAAAUAUUUAGGAAAUUUAGUAAAAAGCAACUUCUCAAUAGCCAAACAAUGCUUCUAGCUAUUUAUUUGUUUCUAUUGAUGGGGCUUAUGUUAAGUCUAGAGGCACAUGCCCCGAAGUCAAUGGCGGAAAAUAUGCGAAACAAAUUUACCAACUUUGAGAAUUUUGUGACCAACAACCGCCCAAGGAAUGCAUUUAAGAUUCAACCAGCCGACAAUGUUAUCAUGCGCCUAGCCUACUCAAAGCCUCAACCCAACGCCAAACACUAUGUUAGCCAUGUCAAGAAACGAAAGAAUCCCCAAUAUUUCAUAAACUUCGACAUUCAAAACCAUCACAAUCCAAACGAGCACUUGCAGCCACAACAUUUAGUCAAAAGAAAUGGCAAUCCAUACAAAUUCUUUCCACUUAAGGGUGAAAAUGUUUAAACACUUAAUGUUAAAAAAAUGUAUUAUGACACAAGCACAAACUAAUUAAGUAUCAAAUAAUAAAAAUAAAGUUUAAAAAUAAUAUAAAAUACAAUUGAAAA